AUGGACGGUGCGGCAGAAGGAUCUCAGCAGCCUCAUCUUACUCUAGCUAACAAGCUCUUCCACCUCAAUCAUCCCGAUGUGCCAGACAUCGAGAAAGUCCAGCUCAAAGCUGACGUCUUGGAAUCCAUCAAAUCCGAUGGUAUGACUCCCUUGUACGAAACCCUAACGGCGACUUCGGUGCUGGAGCUAGAUCAGACCUUGCUGGAUUCUAUGCUAGCUAAUAACGAAGAGGAGCUCAAGAAGCUCGACGAGAAGAUUGCGGAUGCAGAAGAAAAUUUGGGAGAAAGUGAAGUCCGUGAAGCUCAUCUUGCUAAGGCUCUGUAUUUCAUCAGGAUUAGUGAUAAGGAGAAAGCUUUGGAGCAGCUGAAACUUACAGAGGGAAAGACUGUUGCUGUUGGGCAGAAGAUGGAUCUAGUCUUUUACACCUUGCAGCUGGCGUUUUUCUAUAUGGACUUCGACUUGGUGUCCAAGAGCAUUGACAAGGCGAAAAAGUUGUUUGAAGAGGGUGGUGACUGGGAGAGGAAGAACCGGCUUAAGGUUUAUGAAGGCUUGUAUUGCAUGUCCACCAGAAACUUUAAGAAGGCUGCCAGCUUAUUUCUGGAUUCUAUAUCAACCUUCACGACUUAUGAAAUCUUCCCUUACGAGACGUUUAUCUUUUACACUGUCCUGACGAGCAUCAUUACUCUUGACCGUGUGUCUCUCAAACAGAAGGUUGUUGAUGCACCUGAGAUCUUAACCGUGCUUGGGAAGAUUCCAUUCCUGUCUGAGUUCCUGAACUCCUUGUACGAGUGCCAGUACAAAGCUUUUUUCUCAGCAUUUGCUGGAAUGGCAGAGCAGAUCAAGUUUGACCGUUACUUGUACCCGCAUUUCCGCUUCUACAUGAGGGAAGUAAGAACCGUUGUGUACUCGCAGUUCUUGGAGUCGUACAAGAGUGUUACUGUUGAAGCGAUGGCAAAGGCCUUUGGUGUUUCCGUGGAUUUCAUUGAUCAGGAGCUGUCACGCUUCAUUGCAGCUGGGAAGCUUCACUGCAAGAUAGACAAGGUUGCAGGUGUUUUGGAGACUAACCGUCCAGAUGCAAAGAAUGCUCUUUACCAGGCAACAAUCAAGCAAGGGGAUUUCUUGCUUAACCGGAUCCAAAAGUUGUCUCGAGUCAUUGAUCUCUGA